GCUUCUGGCUUUGAGAGUUUAAAGCUUCUGGAUUAAAGCAGGUCUGUGCGCGCUCAAUCUGGAUGCGGAUAAUCUGUGUAAUCUGAUUAUGUGUGUGUAAGAGCCUGCGUUCCUCAGUGUUUCACACACACACACACACACAGAGACGCCGCUGAUCAUGGCCGGAGAAGAGCCGUAUCCAAGAAAGAUCCUGCAGUACAUGGAGGGAUUCCUGGUGUCGAAGACUCUGUUCUGUGCGUGUGAGCUGGGUGUGUUUGAGCAUCUGCAGGGGUCUCAGUCGUCUGCGUCUGAUCUGGCUCUGGCUCUGGGCUGCAGUGAGGAUGGCAUCGAGCGUCUGCUGAACACCUGUGUGAGUCUGGAGCUGCUGACCGCAAACACUGACGCCCACGGAACAGUUCUCUACAGUAACACAGAAAUGUCCAGCAUGUUCCUGAUCAAGUCCAGCCCGAGGUCUCUGUGUCAGUCGAUCGAGUACAGCUCCAGAACCAUCUACCUGUGCUGGCAUUACCUGAGCGACGCCGUCCGAGAAGGGAAGAACCAGUACGAGAAGGCUUUCGGCGUGAACUCCAAGGACCUGUUUGAAGCCAUGUACAGGUCUGAUGAGGAGAUGGUGAAGUUUAUGCACCUGAUGAACUCCAUCUGGAACAUCUGCGGUCGUGACGUGAUCACAGCGUUCGAUCUGUCGCCGUUCAGAUGCAUCUGUGAUCUCGGAGGCUGCAGCGGCGCUCUGGCCAAACAGUGUGUGUCAGCCUUCCCCGAAUCAACCGUCACCAUCUUUGACCUUCCCAAGGUCGUGAGAACAUCCCAGCAGCACUUUGUGUCCAAUCAAGAUGAGCGGAUCUGCUUCUGUGAAGGAGACUGCUUUAAGGACGAGCUCCCGCAGGCCGAUCUCUACGUUCUGGCCCGGAUUCUGCAUGACUGGACCGACCAGCGGAGUGUGGAGCUUCUGGCCAAGAUUUACCAGUCCUGUAGACCAGGUGGAGGUGUGCUGCUGGUGGAAGCUCUGCUGUAUGAGGAUAACUGUGUGUGUGUGUGUGUGUGUGUGUGUGCAGGUGAAGGUGUGCUGCUGGUGGAAGCUCUGCUGUAUGAGGAUAACUGUGUGUGUGUGUGUGUGUGUGUGUGUGCAGGUGAAGGUGUGCUGCUGGUGGAAGCUCUGCUGUAUGAGGAUAACUGUGUGUGUGUGUGUGUGUGUGUGUGUGCAGGUGAAGGUGUGCUGCUGGUGGAAGCUCUGCUGUAUGAGGAUAACUGUGUGUGUGUGUGUGUGUGUGUGUGUGCAGGUGAAGGUGUGCUGCUGGUGGAAGCUCUGCUGUAUGAGGAUAACUGUGUGUGUGUGUGUGUGUGUGUGUGUGCAGGUGAAGGUGUGCUGCUGGUGGAAGCUCUGCUGUAUGAGGAUAACUGUGUGUGUGUGUGUGUGUGUGUGUGUGCAGGUGAAGGUGUGCUGCUGGUGGAAGCUCUGCUGUAUGAGGAUAACUGUGUGUGUGUGUGUGUGUGUGUGUGUGCAGGUGAAGGUGUGCUGCUGGUGGAAGCUCUGCUGUAUGAGGAUAACUGUGUGUGUGUGUGUGUGUGUGUGUGUGCAGGUGAAGGUGUGCUGCUGGUGGAAGCUCUGCUGUAUGAGGAUAACUGUGUGUGUGUGUGUGUGUGUGUGUGUGCAGGUGAAGGUGUGCUGCUGGUGGAAGCUCUGCUGUAUGAGGAUAACUGUGUGUGUGUGUGUGUGUGUGUGUGUGCAGGUGAAGGUGUGCUGCUGGUGGAAGCUCUGCUGUAUGAGGAUAACUGUGUGUGUGUGUGUGUGUGUGUGUGUGCAGGUGAAGGUGUGCUGCUGGUGGAAGCUCUGCUGUAUGAGGAUAACUGUGUGUGUGUGUGUGUGUGUGUGUGUGCAGGUGAAGGUGUGCUGCUGGUGGAAGCUCUGCUGUAUGAGGAUAACUGUGUGUGUGUGUGUGUGUGUGUGUGUGCAGGUGAAGGUGUGCUGCUGGUGGAAGCUCUGCUGUAUGAGGAUAACUGUGUGUGUGUGUGUGUGUGUGUGUGUGCAGGUGAAGGUGUGCUGCUGGUGGAAGCUCUGCUGUAUGAGGAUAACUGUGUGUGUGUGUGUGUGUGUGUGUGUGCAGGUGAAGGUGUGCUGCUGGUGGAAGCUCUGCUGUAUGAGGAUAACUGUGUGUGUGUGUGUGUGUGUGUGUGUGCAGGUGGAGGUGUGCUGCUGGUGGAAGCUCUGCUGUAUGAGGAUAACAGCGGUCCUCUGACGGCGCAGCUCUACUCUCUGAACAUGCUGGUGCAGACGGAGGGUCGCGAGCGCAAGGCUUCAGAUUUCAGUCGUCUGCUGAGCGCCGCCGGAUUCACACACAUCCAGAUCCACAACACCGGCAAGAUCUACGACGCCAUCCUGGCCCUCAAAUAAACACACACCGUGUGUCAGGAAGCUAUAGACAAGGGCUUUUGUUGUUCAGAAAUAUUUUUCACAUUUUUAAUGACACCUCCAUCUGUUUUCAGGUUUAACUGAUGCAUACCGUGUUUUAGCUGUUGUUCAGGUAGGAGAGCUUGGAUCGAGCUUUUACUCUUCUGAUUUACUUCUCAAAUCUGCAUAAAAAUGAUAUAUAUUAUUUAAAACGUUAAAUAAAACA